AUGUACGAAGUAGCUGUCGGAGUUCUAAAGGACCGUUUCGGGAACGAGCAAGAAGUGGUCGACGUACAUUAUAACAAGUUGAUUAAUUUACAACCUGCAACAAACAAAACAAGCAGUUUAAGAGUACUACUUGAUACGGUGGGAAAACACUUACGCAGCCUAGAAGUGUUAGGACAAAAUGUGAAUCAAGAUGUGAUUGUGUCCAUGAUAAGUGCCAAAUUACCAGAAGAUGUGUUAGUCCAACUGAAAAUUCUCAAUGGUGCGAAUAAUAAAUGGAAUACAUUUAGACUAAGAGACAGGUUGCGGGAGUAUAUUAUAGCCAGAGAAAGGGCUGAGAAGGACAAAGAACCAGAUAAAAGAUCCUUAAAUUCUCACUCAAAAUACGAUGCAGUGAUGAAGGAUCAACUGAGCAAGGGUGUUACUGAGAAAGUAGAACAGUCAAAAACAAAUGGAUUGGUACAUUACUUACCUCACCACGCGGUUAUUACGCCACAAAAGGCAACAAGAAAAAUACGAGUCGUAUACGACGCAUCCGCAAGAACACGAAAAGAAAAGAAAAGCUUAAAUGAGUGCAUGUAUAGAGCACCUGUGAUGCUUCAAGACCUCUGUGGUAUGCUACUACGAUUUAGAAUACAACAUGUAGCAGUAGUUGCUGACAUAGAAAAGGCGUUUCUCCAGAUUGGAUUGCAGUCUAAUCAACGUGACGUGACACGAUUCCUUUGGUUGAGGGACUUUGAAAAACCUAUAUUUGAUGCUGAUAAUAUUCAGGAAUACCGAUUUUGCAGAGUACCUUUCGGUAUCAUCAGCAGUCCGUUUCUACUGGGAGCUACUGUAGAUUACCAUUUAGAAUCUUACAACGAUGAAAUCGCAGAAAAGCUAAGAAACAACAUAUAUGUAGAUAAUGUUAUAUCUGGAGCCGAAAAUACAAGUGAAGCUAUUAAGUUAUACACAACGUCGAAAUCGAUGUUUGCAGACGCGUCCAUGAAUUUAAGGGAAUGGAUAACGAAUAGCGAGGUGGUUAAUGAGUUCAUUCCGAAAGAGGACAGAGCAUUCACUAACUCAGUAAAAGUUCUUGGACAUUGCUCGACACGAUAA